AUGCUCCCAACCGAGUCCCUUGGAUGGAUUGGCUUCCAAGCACUCAAGGUGCGCUUGGCGGGUCGACUUGCGCCAUUUGCGAGUCGCAAAGCGAGCGUAGACCGUCCCACCAGGAUUCAAAAUGACGCUGACCUGCUGGAUUGCGACCUUCGCGACAUCUUAAAGACAGCAACUUUAGACGUCGACCUCUCAGACGAGGAAUACCAUGACUUACACCAGAGGGCACAUGGUCUUUUGGCAUCUCUCAAUCAUAUGGUGAAUGAAGAGUUUAUUGCAGGAUAUGCGGAUAACGACAACUCUGUUAGCGACUCUCACGAUAUUGCAAAAGUCGGCAGCAUCUACCCAAGGCUAGCUGCGUUGAUGAUUUUCCUCGAUGCAUCAAACCACAGCCAAUUCGACUUAUUGAGCGACCCAGCCUCGUCUCUUUUCAUCUUGCGUUCCGGUGCGGUCGGGAACCAAGCCAUAAGCCAAGUAGCGGCUUGGAAAGCAAUUCUACAGCGGUUGAUAGUGAAAUCAGAUCAAUCACAGAGCCAAAAUGACGCUUUCCAGCCACAGAUGCGUUUGGAUGAGCCAAAGUCCAAAUUGCAUCAAAACGCCCUGCCGAUAAAUCCAGUGGGCGUUGUCAUAGAUGCCAUUUUUAAGGAAUUUCAACAAGUGAAUUGCAGCAUGAGACACGAGAUUAAGUUGAGAGUCUUGGAGGAAUCUCAUGCCGACUCAAGCCGACCAAAGAUCGAAAUGCUCAUGUCGUGUUGCCAGUCCAGGGCCCCAAUGAAUCUGAGGAAGAAAAAUAAUAUCUGCAUCGCUAUACACGAAACAUGGAAGCAACGUACGAAACUUCGCCUAUUCUUUGACCAGAGAGGACUUUUCGAUAUUACGGACGAGGAGCCACCGGUAGCCACGUCCCUUCAGGACUACGAAGAAGAAACCCUAAACUCGUUAUUCGAUAAAAACAUGUUCCGUCCAAUCAGCCCCGGGGCUUAUCUGCAAGGUUUGGCCAUGGAAAGAUUUGAUCACAAAGAAAAGACGUCUUUAGCAUUGGCCUUGGCUAGAUGCCUCAUGGUCUUUUUCGACAAAAGCCUUGAGCGCGCAUUUUGUAACUGGAAUGCUGACAGCAUAUUCAUCAUGCGCUCAGCUCGUUCGCAUGGAGAGCCUCCGUGGUGGCAUAUCUUGGUGAGAUCGCGUCCUCCUACCUUCAGACAACCUAAUAUUCACGAGAAAAUUGGCCCUGGCAAUCCAAUUCUCCUCUCAUUUGCCAAACUGUUGCUCGAGAUUGUCAACGGUGAGCCGAUAAAACUCGAGGUCGAUCCACAAAACAUUACCAAGAACAUUGGGAAUUGGGCCCAGAUGUGUGGUUACGUGGAAGAGGCGCGACAAGAUCGGAAUAGCUUCUACCUCCAAGCUGUCCAAGGUUGUUUGUAUCUACAUAUGCACCUACAAAGAGGUCAAGAUGAACAAAGCACUUUGUCAGGUACCGCCAUGAGAGAGGUCAUCUAUGAGCAGAUUGUGCGGAACCUGGAGAAGGAGCUUCAUCCCGAGGGACUUAAGCGGAAGCGCCGAGGAUCGUUCUCUGAAUCUUCUCAAUCCAACAAAGUAUACAUUGCAGAACCUCUACAACUGGAUAGUCGUCAUGAAGAGAGAUUUCUAUCUCGGCUCAGAAAGACUCCUCAGAGCGUCUCAUUAUCUCACAGAAACACAACCGAUGAUCCGUCUACACGGAUCUUACGACGGAGUACUUCCAACUUUGCCAGCUACAACAGUUCAGAAGCUCUCUCCAAUAACUUUUUCCGCUCUGCAACCAUGACACCCAUGGCUCCUCAAGGCCGAGACCACUUCGACGUUGCUAUUAUCUGCGCCAUUCCUACGGAAUAUAACGCUAUUUGUCAAACAUUCGAUGAGUUCUGGGACGAAGACGGUGAUCGUUACGGCAGAGCUGCCGGCGAUCUCAAUACCUAUACAACAGGCCGCAUUGGCAAACAUAACGUCGUCCUUGCGCUUCUCCCGCAGAUGGGAAAGUCCAACGCCGCAGCCGCAGCCGCUAGCUUCAGAUCAAGUUAUAACAACGUCGAGUUGGCGCUACUUGUGGGCGUCUGCGGAGGCGUACCUCGUGCUGGUCCUUUUGCAGAGGAUGAGAUUCUCCUCGGCGAUGUAGUAAUCAGCAGGGCAGUUGUCCAAUACGAUUUUGGCAGGACAUAUCCCAAUGGAUUUGUACGCAAGAGCUCUUUUCAGGACAAUUUAGGAAAAGCUUCAAAAAACAUUCAAGGUCUCUUGAACAAUUUUGAGACUGAUCGGGGAUUGAGUCUGCUUCAAAGACAAACGGCCCAGUUCUUGACACAGCUUCAGAACACGGGACAAAGCAAGAAUCGUCGAACACUUACCAAGUACCGAUACCCUGGAACGGUCAAAGACAAGCUAUUUAAGCCGGAUUAUCGUCACAAGCAUCGCGGCUCACGGGCCAGCGCUUGCACUGUUUGUAGCAGUGACCCUAACGCAGUUUGCGAAGAGGCUUUGAACGAGACUUGUGAGGCGCUAGGAUGCGAAGACAGCUCUUUAGUUGGUAGGGAACGUCUCCAGGAGAAACAAGAACUUGAGGGGACCAGCCACGAGGAAGCGCAGGAACCCGCAAUUCACAUCGGUACCGUCGCGUCAGGCGAUACAGUUCUGAAAUCCGGAGAAGAUCGCGAUAAUAUUGCCGCAAAAGAAGGUGUUAUUGCCUUUGAGAUGGAGGGAGCUGGAAUCUGGGGAGAGAUUCCCUGUAUUAUUGUGAAGGGAGUUUGUGACUACGCUGAUUCUCACAAGAACAAGAGGUGGCAGGAUUUUGCUGCUGCAACGGCAGCUUCAGCUGCAAAGGCUCUCUUACACAGAUAUCCCAAGACGGAGAAGACGAUAUAUGAGUGA